AUGGAUACGAAUGAGGUAUUAUUUGGUAUAUUACACGGUAAUUUUCGAAAUACAACUAUGAAGUUUUCAGUUGAUUUACCAAAAAAACGUGGAUGUGGUGGUUCAAGAGCAAUUCGAUUUGCUCGAAUUCGAAAAGAAAAACGACAAAAUUACGUACGAAAAGUAUCCCAAACGGCUCUACAAUGUUUUAUUACGGAUGAUAAAGUCAAUGUUGAUGGUAUCAUACUUGCAAGUGUAGCCGAAUUCAGUAGUGCACUGCAUCAAGCCGAUGUGUUUGAUCCCGUUAGUUGUAGUUUUCCUUUUAUAAUUAUCACUAACACUGAGAUAUUUAUUAAUGGUAAAUCAUAUAUGGAAGUCGUAGCUAAAGCUCUUUUAACAGCUAAAGAAGAAGUUUUUAUUACUGAUUGGUGGCUUUCAUCAGAAAUAAUGUUAAUAAGAUCAACAGAUGACGAAACAUUUCGACUCGAUAAUUUAUUAGGAAAAAUAGCUGUAAAUUUUUUAUUUUUAUUUAAUAUAACUAAAUAA